UGGCAUGUGUCCCCUCUGCCAGCUGGUCUACGUAUUGUUGACUGGUGAGGCGUCUAGUCAGUAAUGGGAUUGUGAAUGUGAACGUUCCGCUAGUGUUAGUGCCAUUUUGGAUAGCGUUCUGUGCCGAUUUCCGUUAGUGCUUGAGUUUGAUUUGGUCGAACUAUGGGGCCGUGCUGUGUAUAGUGUUUUUCCUUUGGAUUUCCUAUAACAAAAACAGAGGUGGCCAUGAUGCGGGAGUUACGUGGUUUCGCUAGCUUGGACGGAGAAGUUCACGGGUUCGAUCCUGGCGACAGCUUCUCAGUAUCCAACUCCACUCUGGAACAGCUCCAUUCUGAUGACAGGUUUUCAACUACUAUGUUGAAGUUGGCAACACUUGCUACAGUAGUCAUCAUGGUGGUUGGCAUUGUUGGAAAUUCACUUACUGUGGUGGCACUACUGCGGUGCCCGAGAGUGAGAAAUGUAGCCGCAGCCUUCAUAAUCAGCCUGUGCAUAGUGGACUGUCUCUUCUGCAUAUUGGUGUUGCCGUUCAGUGCUCUCGCCUACUACCACGGGACAUGGAAGUUCGGGGACACCCUGUGUAAGAUUGUGCCUCUGAUAAGAUAUGCAAACGUGGGAGAGUCACUGCUCUGCAUAGCGAUGAUAACGAUCAACAGGUACGUGAUGAUCGCUCACUACGGAGUGUACACCAAGAUCUACAGGCCGAUCUGGAUAGCCUCAAUGAUCCUGUUUUGCUGUACUCUUAGCUUCCUGAUGCAAGUCCCUACGUUUCUCGGAAUAUGGGGAAAAUACGCUUAUGAUGACAAAAUCAAGAGCUGUACCAUAGUCCAGGACGAGAAUGGAAGAUCCUCCAAGACCGCUUUGUUCAUCAUUGCCUUCGUCAUUCCAUGUUUAAUCAUCAUAUGCUGCUACGCCAGGAUAUUCUGGGUUGUCCAUAGUUCAGAAAGCAGAAUGAGAAAACAUGCAUCCUCCAAUGCCAAAGACACGAGGACAGGAAAAGAGAAGAAGGAUCAGAAGAAUAGAAGAAAUGAAUGGAGGAUUACUAAAAUGGUGUUGGCAAUCUUUCUCUCGUUUCUUCUCAGCUAUCUUCCCAUCACAGUAGUCAAGGUGGUUGAUAGCAAUGUGGAGAGACCAGCCCUGCACGUGUGGUCCACCAUCAUGCUGUUCAUGUCAGCAUGCAUCAACCCUAUAAUCUACGUGAUCAUGAACAAGCAGUACAGGCAGGCGUACAAGACCGUGUUGACGUGUACACGGCCUAGAAUGUUGUCCACAACCCCUGGACCGGGCUCCAGCUACGGGGGUUCUAAUGGUUUAAUAUUGAACGACUUAGCUGCUUCUCGUAAGAAUUUAGCUAACACACAUAUAAUCAACACUGACCAAAGAUAUUAUGGUCAGUAGAAUAGACGAUGAAGAUCUUCAAGGCUUCUAGAUAAAUCCAAGGAUGAAGUGAGUAGAACUAUGGUGUCCCAUGUAUCCAUCGCCAUGGCACCCAUAAGAGCUUCUCAAUUGCCUGAUCACAUCUAUGGGGACUGCCUUUGACUGCUCAUCUGCUGUUUUUGUCUACAAACAAAUUAAAAAACUACCUAGAUGGUAAAAAGUAUAGUUCGAUUCUUAAAGAAGUUACCAAAGAGCUUAGUUAAAAUGUAAUUAUGGUUAAAUGUUUCCAACAAAGAUGAAUAUUGUGUAUUUAAACAAAGUUGUGAAAUUGAACUAAGUAUGAAAACGUAUUGAAUGUCUUAAACGAUCAGUGAAUCAGAUAUGUGUCCUCAUAAACCUUUUGCUAUUAAAAAUUCAAUUUAAAUCUUCGUUAAAUGUUGUAUUGGGCGUGAAGAAUAUUUUGUAUUUUUUUCAAAAUCGUAAAGUUUUACGCCGGUAAUAGAUUGAAACAUUAUAACGAGAUUGUACUUUUCUUUUAAUGCACAUAAAAUAAUUCGGCUGGUAAGAUGUAUUUGAAUGUUUUGAUUAAUUCUAAUAACUCAAUAACUUUGUUAUGCCUAAGAACUGAUUCUGCCAAAGAAUCUUACCUAAGCAAGUGGUUUUUCAAACCUUUUCACAUCCUUUGCUAAAACUUAUUUUCACAUUUAUAAUACUCCUUAAUUUAAAACCACAUUAUGUGGAUAAUGAAAAAUGUUAAUUGAUUUAACCAUCAAAAAUAGUUGAUCCAGGUUUUUUAUUUAUGUUAAUAAAAUCAAAGACUAAGCUAAAAUAAUCUUCUAAACAUUCCACGAUGUAACAUUAUCGCAUGUUUUUCUUCAUCGUUAAUUUUUUUCAACAAACAAAAUACACCUAGAGUUGCAGUUUUUUUUAUACUAAUCUUCAACUAAGGAAACUUUGGAAAUAAUUUUACAAGCAAUAUUAUUUAUAUAAGUAAACAUUAAAUUUGUCUUUUUUUUAGGUGAUUAUUAAUUAUAUAGAUAUUAGCACGUAUGAUAUUAAUUUAUUAUUUAUAAUAAAAUCACUUGUUGUAAUAGUUGUUUACCAUAAAAAUAUCCUCAAUUAUUUAUUUGCACUCAAGUUAACUAUCUUGUUUGUAUAGUGUAAUUAGUCCAUUAAUUCAUAAUUAAUAAUUAUUAGUGUAAUUAGGUGCAUAUUUCGUUAUUCAUUCUGCCAUCAUAGGUUAUAUUCAGUUUCAUUGCGAAACACUACAAAAUCAUGAGGCACCCUAGUCAACGAAAACAUGCAAUACUGGUAUAUUUUAAUUCAUCUUUUUUAACGUAACAGUUUUUUUUUUACUCUACAAAGUUUUUGUUCAUUGUUUAAACAUUAACAAACCAAAAUUUAACUGGUUUCUAUGGACAUUUACAAAAUUGCAUUUAUAUCAGCUAAUAUUUACAUAACAACUAUUUCAAAAAUAAGCCUUAUAAAGACAUUAUGCUCACUUUUUAUUUACAUUUUUAUUAGUUAUAACCGGAACAUUCCGGCUUAGUCGUGUAUUAUUUGAUGGGUUAUCAAUAUUUAGUUAAUUAUGAUAAAUAUUUGAUUUAUAGAAUAUCCUAGCCUGCUUUUUCAAGUAUAAAUCAUGUAAUAGUAUAGUUAUAUGGAAGUCUUUGUAAAUAAUACCCAGAACUGAUCUAGAUGGCCAAAGAUAAAAAAUAUAGACUUGAAGGAAUAACAUUCACCAUUUAAUAGUGCAUAGUUUGCUAACAGAACUAGUCAAAAUGCCAUAUUCUGCUGGUCAUUUAACACCUUAUAAUCUUUCUCUUGUUAUUUCAAGUGCAUUGUUCUGUUUGUAAUAUAUACUUAUAUAAUAUAUUUUUACACCAUACGUAUAAUUAUUUAUUUAGUUAGGGUUAAACAAUAUGUAAAUACUCGUGUUACAUUAUAUACAUGUACAUAAUUUUCUAUUGAGAUUUAUUAAAAUGAAAUAUACGAUAAAUUA